AAUCUCUACGAAAACGUAAGACGAGGCGGCGGUGGCGGAAGUCAAUCGUCUACGGAGAGUCGUCGUUCUAUAGCUGAUGACGCGCGCGUAGCAAAAAUGGGAAUAACGCAACCGCAAGCAGGAUUUUAGCGCAGUGGUUUGCGCUUGAGCGGUGGUGCGUGGCGUUCUUCAUUUUUCAGUAGAAGCAAAAUAGGCUCCCCCAUCCCCGUUUUUUAAUAUAACGAAGGAAAUCUGAAACCAGAUUAGUCACAUUUCAUUUAAACUGGGAUUUCUGUAUUUUAGAAAAGAAGUGUGUCCCCCACACAAACGACAGACACAAUGGUUGGCAAGCAAUUUUGUGUUACGUUUGAGCUCUGAAGGUAGAAGUUGAUGGUUUUUAUGUAGAAAUUUGGCUGGCAAUCCAAAUCGGACUGAUUCUCAUUCCAGCUAUCGGUAUUAACAAUUACUAUAUUACAGAGCUUCAUCGUCAGCCUUACUAUACUGUAUUUAGGAAACAAGCUCUGAAUUGACUUUGGCAGGAUGUUUUCAUCAUUUAAUAUGUUUUAUAUUUGUUAAUAUGUAAAAUAAUCUUAAAAAGAUUUAAACGGUAAUUUGUAAAAAUAUCUUCACGUGAAUUAAGUAUUAAGAAAAAGAAAAGUUAAUAUCUAUGGUAUUACAGUACUCUUAUUGCUUGCUUGAUCAACUUACAUACUGAAUCACAGUUCUGCUGUGCUCUGUUGGCAUAGGAAAGGGAAAAUAUAUUUUGACCAAGUUGUUUCCAAUAUUGUGAUCUCACAUUUUAUCUGUGACCAGUUCUAAAAAAAGUCCAACCAUCAGGGGAGCAUGUGUUCAUGUUUGGUAAUAUUUGUUUAUAUCAAUCAUUCUUCACAUUUUUCUUCCUCCACUGUUAGGGGUAGUAUGAAAAUAGGUCAACUUUCAAAGCAUACUUAAGUAUUUAUGAGUAGUGAACAAUGUGUAAUAUCUCAUUCAUGUAUUCUAAGCAGUAAUUGAACCCCUGAAUGAGAUUGUACAUCCUGAUCUGGAACUUAAUAUGGCUAAAAACAAAUGGAUUUGUUUCUACAUACACAGUACACAUAACAAUAGUUCUAUUUCCUUUUGGGAAAAACAAUUUUAUUUUAUUAAACAUUACAACAUUAAGUUGUUAAAACAGUAAGCUAAAGAAAUUAAGACAAAAGAUAAAAAGAAAACAGCAAUAAAGUAACAGUUCAGUGGUUCAACACUAUUCACUAUACCUCUGUUUACCUUUAUAGUAGAAUGCUACAUAAUUUUUCCCCAAAAUCAUUCCUGGUUACUCUAUUAUCACAAUUCCCUAGAGUGAAUGUGCAGUUGUUUGGUCUAAUAGUUAAGGCACCUGGCAAGAAACCAUGACACUGUGAGUUCUAGUCUCACUUUAGGCAUGAAAACCAGCUGGGUGACUUUGGGCCAGUCACUCUUUGUCAGCGCAAUCUACCACCCAGAAUUAUUGUUGGAAAAAUAGGAGGAAGGAGUGUGAGUUAUAUUCACUGCCUUGAAUUAUUUCUAAAAAUAACAAAAGUGGGAUAAAAUAAACAGAAAUUAUAAUUUUUAAAUACUUAACAAUAUUCAUUCAUCAUAUAAUGACAUCAGCUAUUGUUUUGGGCAUAAAUUCUAGCCCUUUCAUGUAUAAUUAAUCCUAUUUCCUUCUUUGCAUUCAAUUCUCCACAACAAUAUCAGGACUUCUGUAAUAUUCUUGUCUACUGUUUUCACAGAUGUAUAGCAUAUCCAUUUUUCUUUCUAUUUAUUAAUUAAUAUUCUUGACUAUUUACUUUUCCUAGGUCUCCAUCUUUAAUAUUGCUGGCUUCUCAUCAGGUGACCUGAUAGAUAUUGCCUUCUGUUACCCAUCAUGUUUUGGUCAAUUAGAGCUUCAGCAUAAUGUUUUUCAAUAAGAGAAAAUGUAGAUUUGUUACCAACCUUAGUUGUAUCUGUCCUAUGCAUAGCAUUCCCUGCUAAUGUUAAGGACAAUAGUAAUAGCACUUAGAUUAUAUACCGCUUCACAGUGCUUUACAGACCUCUCUAAGCAGUUUACAGAGUCAGGAUAUUGCCCCCAACAAUCUGAGUCCUCAUUUUACUGAGCUUGGAAGAUGGAAAGCUGAGUCAACUUUGAACUGGUGAGACUUGAACUGCUGCCAGCCGGCAGUCAGCAGAGGUAGCCUGCAGUACUGCAUUCUAACCACUGUGCUACCAUGGCUCUUAUGCUCAUUAGUUUAAUACAUUUUGGGCAGAAUGACCCAAAUAUAGGAAAAGCCCAAACAAGCAGGCUCACUAUUCUUUGCAAGAUGGGAACCCUAAUCUAGAGGCUAUCUUGAAAGCCAACAUACUGUUGCUCUCCACCAGUUACAUGUACAAUUGCACAUUCAGAACUUGUUUUAUACAAUGUAUUACAUUCUGGCAUUGCAGAAAUAGGAAAGCUAAAUGUUCAUUAUUAAGAAUACUCUAAUCUUCAAAAUAAUUGUUCGCUAAUAGAUUGUGGCAUUAUCCUGAAGCUAUAUAAUGGUAUACCAUUUAGGAACUGAAGAUGUUUGACUCCUUAGUUUUUAAGAAUUUAAAAGUGUACCCAAUAAUAUUUUCUCAAUUUCUUUAUAGGAAUUACAUUAAUAAACCAAAAAUGAGCAAUUUGGAAGAAGCUGAACUACAACUUUCUGAAUUAGAUUUACUUUCUAGUAUGUUUCCUAAUGAAGGUGAUUUUAAGGUGACUGAUCAGUUGGCUUUAGCAGAACUGAAAGAUUAUGCUGGAAAAUGUACUUUAGAAGUGCCAUCUUCGAAAAUACAAUUCAUCUUAUAUUUAGAUGUAGAAACUCCUGGUGAAAAUAAGGUACCAUUUUCUUUGUGCUGUGCUUUCCCAUUAAAAUAUCCAACUAUUCUUCCAGAAAUCACUAUAAGAUCUCCAUUAUUAAGUCGAUCACAGCAAGUUCAGAUGAAUGCAGAUCUCAUUACUUACUUGAAGAAACAUUGUGCUGGUGAUGUUUGCAUAUUAAAUGCAAGAGAAUGGGUUAAAGACCAUGCUGCCAUGUAUAUCAACAAAGGACCCUUGCCAUCUACUGUUGAGAAAUCAGAUAUUCAGAAAUCGGAAUGUAUUCUCACUAGACUCUGGAUUUACAGUCAUCAUAUUUAUAACAAACAGAAGAGAAAAAGUAUAAUUGAAUGGUCUAAGGAACUCUCUCUUUCUGGAUUCAGCAUGCCUGGAAAACCAGGCAUCAUUUGCGUAGAAGGACCACAAGAGAUGUGUGAAGAAUUUUGGGCAAGGAUAAGAAGAUUAUCAUGGCAGCGAAUUUUAAUCCGUCACAGAGAAGACAUUUCCAUAGAAGGGACUGAAGCCAACAUGGAGAAGGAAAAGAAGUUUUUGACUUUUGAAGAAAAAAUAUUUGAUGCACAUGGUGCUAGAGGGAAUCACAUGGAUUUGGGACAAUUGUAUCAUUUUUUAAUUGACAAGAGAUGUGGUGAAAUAUUUCAAUUGUAUUUUGGAGUUGAAGGACAAUAAGUUAAGGUGGGAAAAGCAAUAAGGAAAGGAUGUAGGUUUUUUUCUUUUUAUUUUAAUGAAAGAAUAGAAUUCUAAAAGUUGUAUUAUUUUAUACUUGAAAAAUAAAUCAAUGGAAUUGAAAUUGGAUGCCA